AAGAGAAAUACGAGAGAGAAUGGACGAAAAGUCGAAAACGACGAAAACUUAUACAAUAAACUGCACACUUCAUUGAAUUCCUCUCCAGAAUAAAGGAAUAGAAAGAUUUGCUUUCUGUAAUGUCUAAGUCUCAUAGUCCGACUCGCUUCAAUGGAGAAGCAGACAAUUUUUUCGAGCCAAACUUUACCCUCGAUAUGAAUAAACGGAUGCGAGUUCCAAAAAGUAUUCGUGUAAGCGGUGACUUUAGUGAUGAAGACAUUAACGGUACAAAUGGCCACAAAUGGAAUCAAAUGUUAGCUAAUGAAAAAUUUGAAAUGCAUGUUCCAGACAGAAUCCUUGUUGUUGGACAAGAACAGCAUAUAGGCACAAAAGCUCCGCCGCGAGAAAUAACUCUAGAAAAUGCUGUGCUACCCACCGUUGAACCUGGUUUAGUCAGAGUUCAGACUCCACCCAGAGUUUUGACUUUAGACGAUCACUAUUUCCCAGCUGCUGACGAUGAUGAUCCUGUAAAUGAAUCUAUAAAUAUGGUAACUGCUACUCCUAAAGCAAAUGGACAAUACAACAACGAAAAUCAGAUUGUGAGGCAUGUAAGAGAACAAACCCCGUUCAACACGACCCUCGAUGUGACUCUCACUCCUAGCGAAGAGGUGCAGCACUUGCGACGCCAAGUAGGAAAAUUGCAUCGGCGAAUAAUUGCCGUGGAAUCUCAGAUCAUGCAGCGUCAGCAACGAGAUAAGAUAGUUUACGCAAUAACUCUAACUUAUUUUUUCCUAAAAGCUCUCUCUUGGCUGACGAGAAAUUAAAAGUAUGACCGAAAAAGGAAGAAGACGAUAAGAGCAUGAAACGCAAUAUGCUUUCAGCCAAGCGUCUCGUACACAGAACGUUCUUUUUCUAAAGAUAUUGAUAAAAGCGGAUUUUUGAACGAUUCGAAAGUCGAAGAGGGGACCGAUUUCUGAAAGUAUAGUUCGGACUUUGAUUAUUUCUUGUGAGUCUCUAGUUGAGGUUUUAAAUUGCAAACGACAUCGUGUAAACGUGUAAAUGAGUAUGAUGAAUUAACGCGAUGUCGGUAAUUAUUAAUUAAAUAAUUAUGAUAAAUGAUUAAAUGCGGGUGUUUGACCUGGAAAAAAUUUGAUCAGGUAGAAGGUGUUACAUUUUAAAAAACAAGAAAUUUGAUAGAUUUUUUGCCAGUGAAAUAUACCCUGGUGGUCUUCUGAUUAAUGUUUCUCAUAUAUAUUUAUAUAAAUAGAAACAGUCUCAGUUGUGAAGAGUAGAGAGAGCUCUAAAUUUAGUCGAUAAUUUACUUGCAGUUAAUGCCUUUUAAGUUGUUCAAUUUUCAUUUCACCUCGAGAAAUGAUUCUUUACAGUUACGAUUUUAACCAAUCGUCUCUGUACCUCACUGAAAAGUAUGCCAUAUUUUAACAAUUAAUUUUCUAUAAGCAAUCUUUGAGUUUUUUUUUUUCUAAAAAGAUUUGACACUGCUUUAAACGCGAAAGAUCUAUUUUAGAAAAAGAAAUUGUAUGGUUAAUUUUUCAAAAGUUAACACUAUCUAGUCUUCAAUCGAAGAAAUAGAGUCAAAGAGAGAGAGAGAGAGAGAGAGAGAAGGAAGGAAGGGGGAAAACAUUUCUGAGUAUGUAUAACGUAUUGCGAUAUUCGUUGGUCAUUCCUUAACUAACUUUACUUCAUAGGAAAGAGAAAUUCGUGACUUUUUCCCGUGAAAAAAGUUCAUAAGUGGGAUUGUUUAGAGCUCGAAGUUUAUUGUAUUUGCCUGAAUGUGGCCAUAACCAUGUAUAUUUACAAUAUUCAUUGUGAUGAUGGAAAUAAAUAUUUAGAAAAAUA